AUGCUGAUGGACCUUGUCAGUACACAGUUUCCUGCCUCUGCUGGAGCCCUCAUGAUCUCUGUCUUCUUCAGUGGACUGUCUGUACUUCCCAUGGCUUCCAGCUGUUGCACUGAGGUUUCGCAUCACGUUUCCCGAAGGCUUCUGGAAAGAGUGAAUACAUGUCAUAUCCAGAGAGCUGAUGGGGACUGUGACUUGGCUGCUGUCGUCCUUCAUGUGAAGCGCAGAAGAGUCUGUGUCAGCCCACAUAGUCUCACUAUUAAGCAGUGGAUGCGAGCUGAAGCAGCCAAGGAACAUGGCAAAGGCAACAUUUGCCAUAAGAAGAAACACCAGGGCAAGAAGAACAGGAAGGGGCCCAUCAGGAGAAAACAUGAAACAGCCAGCCCUAAAACUCCUUAG